AUGUGGAAGGGUAUUGGCCACAUCUUUGAACGCCUAUCCCACGACCAAGAUGUACGCUGCGUGAUCUUGACCAGCGCAGGCGACAAAGCCUUCUCGGCAGGUCUCGAUGUGCAAUCAGCAUCGGAAAGCGGAGUCUUGUCAGGGAACAGUGGACUCGAUGCUGCAAGAGUAGCACAGCGCCUUCGUCACCACAUCGACGAGUUCCAAGCAAGCAUCAGCCAGAUUGAGAAAUGCGAGAAGCGUGAGUCACAAUAUACUGUCGAAGGUACCAAGACUAGAAACUGA